AUGAACGCCGAAGAGCAGUAUUACGCCUCCGGCCAGUUGUUCAAGGAGCCCUGCGCCUUCCAGAGGUCGCAGCCCCAGGAUUACAACCAGAGCCCGCCCGCCUGCCUCUACAUGGGGAGGCAGCCGCCGCCGGAGCCUCCAUACCCCAGCGCCUUGGGGGGUCUGGACCAAGGCAGCCCGCCGGACAUUUCGCCCUACGAGGUGCCCCCCAUCGCGGAAGACCCGGCCCUCUCCCAUCUCCACCCCCACCAGCAUGCGCCCCACCACCACCACCCUCAGCUGCCUCACCCGCACCAAGAAGCCCUGGCCUUCGGAGACGGGAUGGACCCCGGCGCUUUGGAGGAGCCCCGGGCUCCGCUGCCUUUCCCCUGGAUGAAGUCCACCAAGUCCCACGCCUGGAAGGGCCACUGGCUGGGCACGGGUGGCUCCUUCGUGGUGGAGCAGGAGGAGAGCAAGCGGACGCGGACGGCCUACACGCGGGCGCAGCUGCUGGAGCUGGAGAAGGAGUUCCUCUUCAACAAGUACAUCUCGCGGCCGCGCCGGGUGGAGCUGGCCGUCAUGCUCAACCUGACCGAGCGCCACAUCAAGAUCUGGUUCCAGAACCGGCGCAUGAAGUGGAAGAAGGAGGAGGACAAGAAGCGGGGCGCCGGUGGCAGCGGCCGCGAGCCCGAGCAGGACUGCGCCGUCUCCUCGGGGGAGCUGCCCGGGAAAGAGGAGGCGGGCGAGGAGCGCGCCCCGGGCACCGGCGGCGCCCUCGAGCUGCUGCCCCCCAGCCCCACCGCCUCCCCCCAGCCCUCGGCCAGGCGGCAGCCGGAGGCCCGGUGA